AUGAAAACCGCCAAACUCUUCCUCUUCUCCUUCUUCUCCUUCAUCAUCUAUUCAAAUGCUCAAACAGCUCCAAACACCACAGGCUACAACUGCACCAUCAACCAGACCACAAGCCCAUGCGAAACCUAUGUCUUCUACCGAGCCUCGGCUCCGAAUUUUCUUGAUCUUGCCUCCAUAGGCGACCUCUUCUCAGUCAGCAGGCUCAUGAUAUCAGAACCUAGCAACAUAUCAUCACCGUCUUCAACUCUAGUCCCUAAUCAAGCUCUCUUUGUCCCCAUAACAUGUUCUUGCAAUUCAGUCCCUAACGACACCAGAACCAUCUCAUACGCCAACAUUUCCUACACCAUCAAAGAAGGUGACACUUUCUACUUGGUCUCAACAAACAACUUCCGAAACCUCACUACUUACCAAUCAGUUGAGAUAGUUAAUCCAACUCUCGUCCCUACAAACCUCUCCAUCGGUGUUGAAGCCAUUUUCCCCAUCUUCUGCAAGUGCCCCAACAGGACAUCCCGGUUGGAGAAUGGCCAGAAAGUCAACCAUCUCGUCUCCUAUGUUUUCCAACUGUCUGAUAAUUUGUCAACGGUGGCUUCAACUUUUGGGGUCCAAACCAAGGCCAUAACUGACUACAAUGGAGAAAACAUCAACCCUUUUGACACCAUUUUCAUCCCGGUUAGCCAGCUCCCGGAGCUGACACAACCCGCGACCGCCCCCACCCCGCCGCCUUCCGAAAACGACGACAAUGAUGGCGCCGUUAUAGGAUUGGCAGUUGGGCUUGGAAUUACUGCGGUUUUGCUGGUUUUGGUUGGUGGGGUUUUGUUAUAUAGAGAGAGGUUAAUGAGAAAGAGGAGAGCUUUGUGGGGUGAUGUGGAGAAAGAGAAGGGUCAAUUUGGUAUGAAAGGGAAGAGUAAUAGUUAUAAUAAUAAAGUAGCAAAGGAAAUGGAAGAGACUUUAAUGGCUGAUGUUUCUGGGUGUUUGGACAA